AUGGUUGUCCUAACAACCACUGCCAACAGCAGCCUCCAUCAGUUGCAAACUUUCAACGCUCAGAAUAACAACCACCACCUCCGUGAUGCUUCCUUCUCUUCAUACUUGAAUAGCAAUGAAGAUACCUUAGCUGAGUCAAGCCAAAAUUUAAACCCCUUUAUCAGAAACAAAAAGGAUCCUCUUCACCAGGGAGCAAAGAAGGAAGAAGAUGGAGAAAUUGGAGUUUUUGAGGCUGAAAAGUACUUCAAUGGAGGGGAGAUGGAGAGCCAAAGAGUUGCUAAUGUUGAUGCUAAUAAGAACCAGUACCAGAAAGAACAAACAACAGCAGAAACUAGAAGGUAUAAAGUUCAGUAUGGAACUCCAAGUGUUCGCUCUGAAUCAAGUUGGAACAGCCAAAGUGCACUCUUACAAAGUGUUAUGAGGAAUUCUUCAAGGAACAGGAAAGACAAGGUACAGAGAAAGAGUUUUCUAGCCGGUCUUGGUUGCAAAUGCUAUUGUUCUGAUAAGAAUUCUGUUGAUAUUUGCGACCAUGCAGAAGAAAUCAGUUUCAACAAAACUUCUACUUAUGGUGUAGUUCAUGGAAAAAAAUCCCCAAAAAAGCUCUUCAAUGCUGAUCUAGAUGCUAAUCAUUCAAUCAAAAUAGAUAAGCCUCAUGCAGAACUCCUGAUCAACAAAGAUGUCAACUUUCAAAAGCCAGAGAAAUUAGAUAUGGAAUUGAACAGAGAAAACGAUUUAUCAUUCUCAACUCUGAAUUCUAGAUCAGGAAAUCAAAUGGUCAAAAUGCAACUUGAAGAAGUAGAGAACCCAAGGAAAUCAUUGGAAGUGUUUGGCUCACCAAUAAUGGAUGGCAGGAGCAAGUCCUUGAGCUUUGAUAAAAGGUUGAUUAUGCCCUCUUGGGAUGCUGCUGCCCCUAAAAUGGAAGAAAUUGAUUUAUCUGCAAAUUCUGGUGGAAACUUCAAUGAUGAUGGGAGUGAUGCAAGUUCAGACUUAUUUGAGAUUGAAAGCCUCACAGGAAAAUCCAAUCCUUUCCUUGCUAGAACAACAUCCAAUGUUGCUUCUGGCUGUGCCAGCCCCACAACUUGUUAUGCACCAAGUGAGGCAAGCAUAGAAUGGAGUGUGGUCACUGCUAGUGCUGUAGAGUACUCAGCAAUGUCAGAUUAUGAAGAUCAAAGGCCAGUAGCAACCAUAAGGAGUCCAAUAAGGACAUCCUUAACUUCCUCAAAUGCUAAACCAAAAGUCAGCAAAGAGAUACAUAGGAGGCGUCCUAGCAUACUGUUGGGUUGCAAGAGCCAGAAAGCUGUGGGAGUUGCUGUGGAUGCCUUCACAACACAUGAGAAACCAAGAUCUAACCCACAAAUUCGUCACAAGUCAGACACCUUCCCUCAUGUGACAAGGUUUCAUUCAGAGACAAAGGAGGGAAAUUUUGGUGCAAGACAUGGCCAACAUGCUUAUGCCACACCCCCACUUCAGCGCUCACACUCACCAAAUUCUUCACAACUCCUGUACAUUUAG